AUGGAUGGGCGUCGACAUUCAGUUGACAUUCCUCUUUCAAAAGCAUUGAUAGCUCUUCGAAGAGUGAGAUCACUUAGAGAUCCAUCCACCAACUCACUAAGCAGAUUAAGUGCUUUUGUUGACAAUUUGAAUUGGGAAACAGAUUCAACUGAAGGGAUUGUUCUUGAUCAAGUAAACAAACGCCUCAGUGACCCCACCACUUAUGAUUUGGGGUUAUAUGGGAAUUCUGAGCUGUAUCAUGGUCAAACUACACAUAUCGGUCAAUCUGGUUUACUUAAAGCAAGUCAAACACCCAUUUGUGAAAACAAAUCCUUAAGUGAAAGAUAUCAUAAUAAUUACAAUGAUUUGCCAUGCAUGAUGCCUACAAGUGAUUACAUGGAAGGUACAGAUUCAUGCAAUGAAUCAAUGGAAGUGUUCAUAGAAACAGAAAGACAAGAUCAUAAUUUAGGAUAUAAAAGAAGACCAAGGCGUAAAAAACACAUUAUAUCUUCCAACAUUAUAGGAGGUGACAUCAUCAGUUGUAUAAGCAGUCCAUGUUUAUCAAUGGAUAAUUCUUCAUUUGGAGGGUCAGAUUGUGGGACACCAUUAUAUGGUGAAACCACUCCAUUUUCAGAGAGUCCAAGAAGUUUAAGUCAGAAAUUUAGGCCAAAGUCAUUUGAUGAAUUAGUGGGACAAAAUGUGGUUUCAAAGUCUCUUCUAAAUACAAUCUUGAAUCAGAAAAUUACUUCUUUUAAUCUCUUUCAUGGUCCACGUGGAUCUGGGAAGACAUCUGCAGCAAGAAUCUUUGCUGCUGCUUUAAAUUGUUUAUCACACGAGGGUAAAAAUGUCAAAAAGCCAUGUGGGGAAUGUCAAGAAUGCACCUUGUUCUUUGCUGGAAGGAGUCGGGAUGUUAAGGAAGUAGAUUCAGUUAGUUUAAAUAAAGCUGAAAAUCUUAGAUAUAUUAUCAAGAAUGCCAUGCUUCCUCCAGUUUCUUCUAGUUUCAAAGUUUUUAUAAUCGAUGAAUGUCAACUAAUGCAAGGGUCAACAUGGUCAACUCUUGUGAAUAGCCUUGAGGAAGUAUCUCAUCGGAUCAUUUUCAUUAUGAUAACUCCUGACCUCUCCAAGCUGCCACGUGGCGCAAUACACGGGUCCCAAAGAUUCCAUUUUCCAAAGAUUAAGGAAUCAGAUAUUGUUCAAAGAUUGGAGAAAAUUUGUUUAGAAGAAGGAUUAGAUUAUGAUCAAAAUGCUUUAGAAUUCAUUGCUACAAGAUCUAAUGGAUCUCUUAGAGAUGCAGAGAUGACUUUAGAACAACUUAGUUUGUUGGGGAAAAGAAUAACCAUCUCACUAACCUAUGAAUUAAUUGGUAUUGUCUCUGAUGAUGAGCUGCUUGAGUUACUAGCUUUGGCCUUGUCACCUGACACUUCAAAUACAGUUAAAAGGGCGAGGGAAUUAAUGAGAUCAAGAAUUGACCCUAUGCAAUUAAUUUCACAAUUAGCAAAUCUAAUUAUGGAUAUUCUUUCUGGGAAAUUUCAUGAAAAUGUUUCUGAUGUUAAAAGACAGUUUUUUGAAAGACAUACUUCUGAAGCUGAUUUACAACAACUUAAUAACGCGCUGAAAAUACUAUCUGAAACUGAGAAACAACUGAGAGCAUCUAAGAAUCAAACAACAUGGCUCACUGUUGCUUUAUUACAAUUGAGCUCUUCACCAUCUUUUAAUGCAAAUGAUUCAAGUUUAUGUGAAAGAACUGUACACCCAAAAGAUAGUGGUGGUUGUUGUCGCCUUUCUUCUGCUGAUGAGAGCAUAAAACAUCUUGUGGGGUCUCAAUGUGAGCAUAAUAAUAUUUGUGAAUCAGAAAAGCUUAAAGAUAAAUUGGCAUUGGAAUCAAUAUGGAAUAGAGCUUUGGCAAUAUGCAAUUCCACUUCACUUAGUAGCUUUCUUCAAAGAAAUGGGAACUUAGCUUCUGUUUGUUUUCACCAAGGAAUGGCUGUAGUUGAACUCGAAUUCCAUCGUGUGAAACAUGUAUCAAAAGCAGAGAAGUCAUGGAAACUGAUAGCAACUGCAUUACAGUCGGCAUUGGGAUGCAAUGUGGAGAUCAGAAUCAGCCAUUCCGAUUCCUGUCAUUGUAGGAAUCAUGGAAAAGUCAACAAGUCUAAAUUCAACCUUUUUAACUGUUCAUGGGGAAACAAGACAUCAAAACAGAACAUCACAAAUUCAUCUGAAAAUCUUACUAAAGAAGCAUCAAGAAUGAUAAGAAACAGCGAUGGGAAUGCACUAAGUGUUGACUUUUCUGGUCAAGAUCCAGUGAAGCAGCAGCAAUCGCAAUCGUGUUGUUGUUUCCCUGGAAUUGUGAAGCAUCAGAAAAAGAUUCGUUCAUUGGAUACCUCUAUGGCUAGUGAAAUAGACAACAACAAUCUUGAUUUGCCUGUUUCUAGAACAUGCUUUUGCAAAAGAUUUACAUGCUGCAAUGGGGUUGAAAGGCAGAAAAAGCCAAAAGGGUCGAAGGUGCAUUGUUGGAAAGCUCCCAUGUUUCCCUUGAAGAAGGCUUGGCAGCUGAGGCUUCGACAACAAGGACCAUAGUUGUUAUAGGUAUAGGGGAUUAUCAAGUUUGGUUAUUGUGAUUGUGUAAUUAUAAUAGAGUAAGCAUGUAAGACUUGUUGAUAAAUCUCACGUUUUGGUGUUUAUCUUAAGACUUGUUUCAACAUGUGUUUGUGUUAUUUAAGAAGGGCCA